AGUGAGCAAGGGGCCGGCGUUUUGUUUUCUUGUGGGGACUGGAAGCGGUCGCAGAGACCCAGGCUCCAGUGAAGGAGAUUGUUUCACUGGUAAUUCAGCAGCGGGUGAAGGCACUGCAGCCGCGAGUUCAAGUCCCAUCGCAGUCACAUCUUUCUGACAUUCAGGUUACAUCGAAUUCACUGAUACCCAAGGGCCAGUGUGAUCAUCUUUCCUCAACAUGGGUGGUCUUGGAUGGAGAAGCAGAUCAAAUGUCAUAUUUAUUCUCGGUAUCAUCUUCGCCCUGUCUUGUCCAAUUACCCAAGCAGCUGGAAUAUUGGUCGUGCCUGUUGAUGGAAGUCACUGGAUCAAUAUGAAAAUUCUAAUGGAAGAGCUGAACCUUCGCGGCCACAACAUGAUUGUGCUAUGUCACUCCGCAACCUGGUACAUCAAGGAGAGACCCGAUCUGUAUCAAACCAUCAUAGUUCAAGCACAAGAAAACAUUGAAGCAACUUCAAGGAAAGAAGUGAUGGAAACAUUUGUGCUAAUGUCGCUGGACAGGUUACAGAAUAGUCACACACUAUGGGGAAACAUAAUGUUACAAAACCUAAUGGUUACAUUUAUGUACAAUGUACAUAGAAUUUACCAACAUUUUAACAUGGCGAUUUUUGAAAACAAAACCUUGUUGAAUCAAUUUGAAAAUGCAAACUUUGACCUAAUACUCACAGAUCCUAUAUUUGGUACUGGGCUAAUGCUUGCGUAUUAUUUAAAAGUGCCGCUGGUGUACAACGUUCGAUGGCUGAUCAAUGGGGAAGCCCAUUUUCUCACUGCCCCGUCACCACUUUCCUACGUCCCACUUCCUGGCUCACUUCUCACAGACAAAAUGGAUUUUCUCCAAAGAACUGAAAAUGUAAUUUACAGUCUCUUUCAACACUUGAUUUCUGAAUUUUUGGUGUACCCACUUUAUAAUGAAAUCUGCCAUCGGUAUCUGGGACCAGACACGGACAUCAAGUCGAUUCUCCUCAGAGCUGAUGUAUGGCUGAUGAGGGUGGAUUUUGUGUUUGAAUUCCCAAGACCUACCAUGCCAAACAUUGUGUACAUCGGAGGCUUCCAGUGUAAACCAGCACGGCCUCUGGCGGCAGAGUUUGAGGAGUUUGUCCAAAGCUCAGGGAAACAUGGACUUGUUGUAAUGUCAUUGGGUUCCGUUGUCGACUCUUUACUAAUGGAGAUUACAAUGAAAAUAGCAGAAGCUUUAUCUCAAAUCCCCCAGAAGGUUAUCUGGAGAUAUGAUGGUGAGACCCCUCCCAAUAUAGGGAAUAAUACACUGCUGGCAAAAUGGAUCCCUCAGAACGACCUGCUGGGUCACCACAACACACGAGCCUUUGUUUCACCCGGAGGCACCAAUGGGAUU